AUGUCGACGGCAGUAGCCCACCCGCCCAUUACCACCUCUAUGGAGGCGACAACGCGAGCGUACGCCACAAUCCAACCGUCGGGUAGUACAUCGGGGACUCCGAAUAGUCGCUCGGCGAGCGGAAAUCAACUCAGCAACAGUCCAGUAUCCGGCGGCGAAGGGACAGUACUGAGGCGCAUGGGAAAUGGAAAACACUCACCAACCCGCAAUGGAGCCGUGCCAAAGGUGAUCGUGAAAAAAGAACCCGCCUCUCCCGAAAUCACGACGCGUCACCGUCCUCGUCGUCUCGACCUCUCCGUGAACAUGACCAGUGCUCCAGGUCUCCCCACAAAUGGCAUGGAGAGUGCCGGACUGGCUCUGAAAGACGUCGGACUGGCCUGUCUCUCUCCCGGAUUCCAGACCCAUGACCCUUCGAUGCGCGAACAGCUUCAACGCAGCAUGGACGUCCGGGAGCAGCAGCGGCUAAUUAUCGAAGCUCGACAAAAAGGACAAAAGGAGCCUUCCUCCGCCCUCAAGAACUCCCUCAAGACUCCAGGAACUUCUCGCCGCAAAGGGCCGCCCCCGGGACUCUCUAUCGCACCGCCGUCCCACGAGCAGUUCGCCAACGAGCGAGUGAUCCAGUCGGCUCCUAUCAACCAGACUUUCACAGGAUUGCGACAGACCAUUCAACCCCUCACGCGACACAUCGCCAACCAACCCGCGUCCCUUUCACACACUUCUCACAUCCACCACGUCCCCGCCACUCAAACCAACAACCGCCUACCCCCCAUUACCGACGUCUUCGCUUCCGAACUCAACUCCGCCGCCCCGCACACCGCCCGCCCGACCUUCCACCACUCGCCCUCCUCGCAUUCCACCCACCAGGUCCCCCUCCCCUCGCCUGGAUUCCCACCCACCUCCAACUCCCACCCGCACCAACUGCCACACAACCAACAACUCUCGCAACUCCCACAAUCCACCCGUCGCGAAUUCAACUCCGCCGAGGACGCUGUUCAAUCCAUGUCCGGCGGCCGCGAGGACCUCCUCCCCCGCAUCGUCCACUACGGCGGCCACCAGCCCCCCACCCCUCCGUCUCCCAUUCCGCAAAAAGCCCACCUCGGCCUCUCCGCCCCCUCUGCCGCCGCCCACUCGCAUCCACACCCGCACGCGAGCUAUAACUACGAGCGUGAGCGCGACCGGCCCGAGAUGCCGCAUCCAAGCAGCACAGGGUCGACGUCGCGCCGGAGGACGAGGGAGGAGUAUGAACGGGAUAUGGGGACGCCGCCGCUGGGACGCGGGCCUGAAAAGCGGGGCGCGUUUGGCGAGGGGCGGGAUAGCCCGGAGAGUGUGCAGAGGAAGAAAGAGGAGUUCUUGAGGUUGUGUGACCGGGCGUGGGAUCUGUUCCAUUCAUAAGCGGAGUGAGGAAUAAUGGGGGCGCUUUGGUGGCACUCGAUCUUUGAUUUAAGACGGCGGUUUGCAGUGCGUGGAGUUCCGUUCUCAAUCUUCCGUUUCCGAGUUCGGAUAUAUCAUCGGCCCCGGAAUCAGGUCGACUUAAUAUUUGCUUUCCUUCGGCGUACAGCGGAUAGCGGGCUUUGGGCUUUUACUGGCUUUUCAUUCUAACGUACUGGUACGCUUGUAUUUGUACGGAAUCUUCUUGGGGUAUGAACGGAGGUA